GAUGAAGUAUGGUGGCAUGUUCCGUGACGUGAUUAAAGCUCUCACGGAGGCACACCACUCACGAUGGUGCUCAACAUUGGUAUUCAGUUACCGUAGACAAAUACAGCAGAAGAAUAGAGAGGGCUACCUGUGUGUAUGUGUGUGUCAGACUGAACAACAACAUCAUGGACACUGAAUAUUCAAAGAGAGUGUACCAGGGCGUCCGAGUCAAGCACACAGUCAAAGACCUGUUGGCAGAGAAACGAUCUCGACAGACACAUGGCCCAAGAUACAGUAGUGGUUCAACAACUCCACCUUCUUUCAUUCAAAUGUCAGGAUCUCAUAUGUUACCCAGUUACUACAGCAUGAGGCGGCCUUGUAUAUCGGAUUCGGACAUUAGUCCAUCUACCAAGCAGUUUUCACCAGAUGUGUACCCGUCUACCUUUGGAGGCAGACCACUGGGCUGUGAGACCUCAAGCUUCUCUCUCAUUGACACCUACUAUCCUGACACUUUCAGUGAAUACCGCAACACCACCACCACCUUCUCCGGCUCUGGGGGAUCUUUUCUCCCUUCUUCGGCCCUAUCUUCGCUUUUGCCACCCUUCAGUGGAGAGUCAUCACAUGUAUAUAUGAGAGACUCGUGGGAGCAGUCGAUUCCAGAGCCAGUUCCUCAGGUAGACGCUCUCUGUCCAGACAACUUGGCUUCAGUCAGCAUCCCAUCUUCCAUGCCCAGCCCAGAAUCCCAAGGGAGCCCCUCGCAGCCAAGCCAAGGCUCAUCCGUGGCCCCUGGUUCCAGCAGCCAGUCCUACACUCUGCACGCCCUUGAGGAUGUGCACUACCACCUGUUAUCCUCCAGCAACCCCUACUCAGCUCCGACCUCCUCCUUCCCCUGUCCCCCCUACAUGAACAGCGACUUGGCAUCCAAGAUUGUCACAGAGGAGCCAGCAGACAGCCAUACUAGUCUCCCUCUCAAUUUGGAGGCUCACACAUCCUGGGAUAAGGAUGAUGGCGUGAGCUCCUGGUCACCCUAUGAGCUCAGGAAGGUCUACUGACUGGCUCCCAUAUGUCUGAGUUUGAGGUUGUUUUUUUAAGGAGAAACGGUCUGUGACACAGAUCGGGGAGGAGUGGAUGGACCUUAUCUUGGUUGGAUGUCAUCAAGCACCACCGCGAGGAAUU